AUGGCAGGUGCUCGGCGGGUACCCACCGGCUCGCGCGCCGCCAGCGCGCGACGGCUGAUGCUUGCGGCCGCCUUCGCCAUUUUUGCGCUCACUUGGCAAACUAGGGGUGUGGAAGCCGGUACCUCUUCUUCUGGGAGCACUCCGGCGCCAGGAGGAAAACUCGAUAAGCCUGCCAGCAUCAGCCGCGACGCGCGCGAGCAGCUCGAUCAAGCGGAAGUAUUGGCGAUGUACAUGCACCAUCGGCACAUCACCCCUGUCCACUUCCUUACCGUUCUCCUAGAGGUUCAAGGCGACUACAGUAUCACAAAGUCACUUCAGGAGUGUGGUGGAAACCUCUACGAACUCAAGAAGGCGUUGAGCAACGUUCUUAUUAAGCUCCCCACCUCGUCGGAGGUCUACAUUGUCGACGAGGUGGAAUCCACGGCUCAGCUCAAGCGCGUGGCGCUCCGCGCUCUGAAUAUCGCGCAGAAGGAUAAGAAGCAGACGAUCGGAAUGGAGCAUCUAAUUCUGUCACUCUUUGAGGAAAGGAACCUACGGACGAUGUUGGAGCAAGUUGGGUGCAAUGUCAAGGUUUUCCUGGAGCAUUCAACUGCCAUGUACGAGACCAAAUUCAAGGAAGAUGUCGCCAACCGCUCAAAAAAGAAGCAGGGGAGCACAAGCGCGUCGAGCACUAGUGAAUCGACGCCCGAAAACUCCGACGAGGAGUUCGUCAAAAGCUUCGGUGUGGACAUGACACAGCUGGCAGCGGAUGGUAAACUGGAACCUGUAGUCGGCCGCAACAAAGAGAUUAAAGAAGUCAUCACGGUCCUCAGCCGAAAGGGGAAGGGGAACCCCUGCCUCAUAGGCGAGCCCGGUGUCGGCAAGACCGCUGUAGUCGAGGGUCUGGCUCAACGUCUAAUCGAGGGCAUGGUCCCCAAGUCCCUGGAAAACAAGAUCCUGUUCGCUGUCGACCUGGGUGCGCUGAUCGCUGGCGCGACCUAUCGUGGCGAAUUCGAGAAGCGCAUGAAAGCACUGCUCCGAUAUGCGGUCGGCCAGGAAGGCCGUGUCAUUUUGUUCAUCGACGAGAUUCACAUGCUCAUGGGCGCUGGAAAGAGCGACGGCACAGUCGACGCUGCCAAUUUGUUGAAACCUCCAAUGGCUAGAGGUGAAAUCAGACUUGUGGGAGCGACAACUCAGGAGGAGUACAAGAUCAUUGAGCGGGACGCGGCGAUGGAGCGCCGCCUGAAACCGAUCUUGGUUGAGGAACCUACAACCGACCGAGCAAUCUACAUCCUGAGAAAACUGAAGGAAAAGUUCGAGCGCCAUCACGAGAUGACGAUCUCUGAUGAGGCCAUCGUCUCUGCGGUUAUGCUUUCGCACAAAUACAUCAAAAACAGGAAGCUCCCCGACAAAGCAAUCGACUUGCUGGAUGAAGCGGCCGCAACAAAACGCGUGAAAUGGGACUUGAGGACCGUGGACGAUGACGAAAUGGCAUCGGAGAAAAAACAAAAAGAGAAGCUCGAGGAGGAACACCGUAAAGUUGAAGAACAAGAUAAGAAACGAAUUGAAGGACAACACCAUGGUGCUGGGACCGAAGAGGAGUUGAAGUUGCUAGAGAAGGAAAUCGAACAGGAGGCCCUUGAAGAAGAGCAGGAGUUAGUUCUCACUGCCGACGACGUGGCUGUGGUCAUCAGCUCCUGGACAGGCAUUCCGGUUGCCAAGCUGACUGAUGAUGAAAAGGGCAAGAUCCUGCGCCUCUCCGACUUGCUCCACUCGAGAGUAAUCGGUCAAGAGGACGCCGUGAAAGCUGUGGCGGACGCCAUGGUGCGAGCGCGAGCUGGGCUGAGCCGUGAGGGCAUGCCCGUCGGCUCGUUUCUUUUCCUCGGUCCCACCGGUGUCGGAAAAACAGAGCUGGCGAAAGCGCUGGCCGCUGAAAUGUUCCACUCCGAGAAAAACCUUAUUAGAAUAGACAUGAGCGAGUUCAGCGAAGCGCACAGCGUUUCGCGCUUGAUUGGAAGUCCUCCUGGCUACGUAGGCCACGAGGCUGGAGGGCAGCUCACUGAGGCGGUGCGUCGCAGGCCCCACAGCGUCGUCCUCUUCGACGAGAUAGAAAAAGGACACCAGCAGAUUCUCAACAUUAUGCUCCAGAUGCUGGAUGAAGGGCGACUGACAGAUGGUAAAGGGCUGUUGGUAGACUUCACAAACUGCGUCAUCAUUCUGACUUCAAAUGUCGGAGCCCAGUACAUCAUCUCGGCAUACGAACAGGGCGAAAAGGAUUCUCGGAGUGCACUGGCAACCUUCGAUCCCAAAAGUGGAAGUCUGGAGCAAUUCGCAGAAGCUACCAAGGCUGCUCAAGUGGCAGCGGAAAGCGAUGACGCAGCAUCAGCGAAGACAGACAAGAAGGGAGCUGUCCUUGACAAGAACAAGAAGUCUGGCAAUUGGAAAAAGGAAGCACGAAGGAAGAUCUUGUCUGAGAUCGCAGGAUCAGGCCUCCUGAAACCGGAAGUUGUAAACCGUUUUUCGGGUGUCAUUAUCUUCGAGCCGAUGAAGCCGUCAGACGUCAGAAAGAUCUUAUCCAUCCAAUCCAAGGAUCUGAAGGAGGCGCUAGCGCGAAAAGGCAUUGAGCUCGUCAUCGAUGGCUCUGCAGAGGAGUUCAUCGUGCAAAGGAGUUACACUCACAAGUUCGGUGCACGCCCUCUCAAAAGAUUUGUCGACAAUCAAAUCGGUGCAAAAAUGGCUCCGUGGAUUCUCAGCGGCUACCUCCAGCCGGGCAUGAGAGUUACAGUUGUUGCCUCGAAAAGGAACAAAAACACACUGGAAGCCCAUGUCUGCAAGGUAGUAAUGGGCAAGUGUGACAGGACAACGAGGAAGGCCCGUGUUCUAGCAUCUGUUGCGAAGAAAGAUGACAGCAGCCCUGAUGAUCCCGGUCGAUAG